AUGGUUGUUUGUGGUAGAUGUUGUGAAGAAGUGUCUAGCGCAAUACAGUGUUCAUCUUGUCGCAAGUUUUUUGAUUUCCCAUGUUCCGGGAUAACUGAAGUGGGUUACCGCAAACUUGGGGACAGACAAGCUACAUGGCGCUGUGCCUCAUGCAAAGUGGGCCAUUUGUCUUCUCGAUCUGAAUCACCACUUCCGGAAGCCGACAACCUACAACCUACUCUGGACACUAUCAUGUUUGAGCUACAGAAGCUUUCAUGCCAAUUAACUCCUCUUCAGGAAGUCAUCAAUGACAUUCGCACAAUUAAAAAUGAUAUCUCGGAACUACGGAAAUUUAACGAAAAUGUUAAGGAAAAAAUGGAUACUUUCGAUAAACGGAUUCAAGCUAUUGAAAAUGCUAAUCAAGAACUAUCAUCUCUAAAACUACAAUUACGUAAAUUGGAAGAUGAUGUCAACGAAAAAGAUCAGUGGCUUCGGUCAAAUAAUGUGGAAAUUAAGGGAGUUCCGUUCAAACCUGGGGAAUAUUUGUUUGACAUCAUCGAUAAACUGGGAAAUAAAAUAACCUAUCCUGUACCAAAAAAUGCUGUCAACUAUGUAACUCGAGUCCAGACGCGUGAUACUGGAUCGUCCAAUACCAAACCAAUAAUUGUUUCAUUCACAAACAAAUACAUGAAGGAGGAUUUCAUCGCAGCAUCACGUCACAGUAAGCUUAAUAUAUCAGCUGAAGAUAUUGGUUUGAAAGGUAAAAAUCGUAUCUAUAUUAACGACCAUCUUAGUUACGCUAAAAAAAUGUUACUGAAUAAAACCAAAACUUUGGCAAAAGAAAAAAACUACCAAUACGUGUGGGUCAAACAUGGAAAAAUUUUUGUAAGAAAAACCGAUACAUCGUAUGUCUUCAACAUCAAAUCCGAAUCAGAUCUCGUCAAGAUAAAUUAA